CACAUCGGCUGGUCCGCCCAAAUUGUAGCUUUGUUCCCCCAAAACAAAAAAUAAAAAUAAAAAACAACAACAACAAUUUAUAACUGGAAGGUAACGACCAGUUUAGGUCGUUAGCAAAACCAAAACCGGUAAGCAUAAACCUUGUACAGUUCUACUAGCCUAAACAACAAGAAGCAAUGUCAACUGUCACAGCAGCCUCCCCAGCCGUCGGGUCGUUUUGUAUUCCGAGAUCACGAGGGCGCAUCAAUAUGCCUCGGUUCACCAUGACCGUCCGAUCUAGUAACGCUGUCUCUGCUGGCGUUGCCCCGAUCUUGACCAAGUUAAAGCACGACUGUGCUACCCCUCUGCCCCUUUUGCGCCACGUGGCGGAUGCAAUGGCCGCUGAUAUGCGCACUGGGCUUGCCGUUGAUGGCGGGAGUGAUCUCAAGAUGAUCCUCAGCUAUGUUGAUACUCUCCCUACUGGGAAUGAGAGAGGGUUGUUUUAUGCUUUGGAUCUUGGUGGCACAAACUUCCGGGUGCUAAGGGUGCAGUUAGGUGGGAAGGAAGAGCGUGUGAUCGCUACCGAGUUUGAUCAAGUGUCCAUACCUCAAGAGCUCAUGUUUGGUACCUCUGAGGAGCUUUUUGAUUUUAUAGCUUCUGGGUUGGCAAAAUUUGCAGAAAAGGAGGGUGGAAAGUUUCAUCUGCCACCUGGAAGGAAAAGGGAGAUUGGAUUCACAUUCUCUUUUCCUGUGAGGCAGACGUCUAUAGACUCCGGCAUACUAAUCAAGUGGACAAAGGGUUUUGCCGUCUCUGGAACGGCAGGAAGAGACGUAGUGGCUUGUUUAAAUGAGGCUAUGGAUAGGCAAGGACUGGAUAUGCGGGUGUCUGCCCUGGUUAAUGAUACUGUUGGAACAUUAGCUGGAGCAAGAUACUGGGAUGACGAUGUCAUGGUUGCUGUCAUUUUGGGUACUGGAACCAAUGCUUGUUAUGUUGAACGGAUGGAUGCUAUUCCUAAACUUCAGGGUCAUGUGUCUCCUUCUGGAACAACGAUUGUUAAUACUGAGUGGGGAGCAUUCUCGAAUGGUCUUCCUUUAACUGUUUUUGAUAAAGACAUGGAUGCUGCUAGUAUUAAUCCUGGUGAGCAGAUCUUUGAGAAGACAAUCUCUGGAAUGUAUCUCGGUGAAAUUGUACGAAGAGUGCUACUAAAGAUGGCUGCAGAAGGAGCCUUGUUUGGUGAAUCUGUUCCAGAAAAACUAUCCACUCCAUUUGUACUCCAGACUCCAGAUCUUUCUGCCAUGCAGCAGGACAACUCAGAUGAUCUUAAUGUUGUCGGGUCAAUCCUCUAUAACAUAGCUGGGGUUGAGAGCAACUUAAGUGCAAGGAAGAUUGUCCUAGAGGUUUGUGACACUAUUGUGAUGCGAGGUGGCCGUUUAGCUGGUGCAGGAAUUGUGGGGAUUCUGCAAAAGAUGGAAGAGGAUUCAACAGGUCUCAUCUUUGGGAAGAGGACAGUGGUGGCUAUGGAUGGAGGCUUGUAUGAGCAUUACCCCCAGUACAAAAGAUACUUAAAAGAUGCUGUUAAAGAGGUUUUAGGGUUGGAAAAAUCAAAGAAUGUGGUUAUAGAACACACAAAAGACGGGUCUGGUAUAGGGGCUUCUCUCCUUGCUGCUUCAAACUCCAAAUAUGAGCACGACUUCUAGGGUGUGACAGCAUCCUGAUGACUGAUUUAUAGUAUGGACAUUUAAUUUAUCUCCAAGUCAGAAAAGUAUCGAAUUUAGUUUUGUAUUGUAAUAUAAUUUGUCAUUGGGUUAAUAAUUAAGAGUGAAGAGAAUAAGAGCAAAGAACACAAUAAGAGUUUAGAAAAUUGCUUCAAGGUUAUAAUGUAGCUGUAUUUUUAGAACUCAUGCACCAUUUUCCUAUGGUGCAAUUUUGUGUAUGUUUUAUGCAGCAACCAUUCCAUUCUAGUUAA